AUGUCACGAUUUUCCUCCAUCGAUGGCCAGCACACUGCGCUGCGCGACUUGGAGCGGCAGCGCUUGGAGAAGCUGAUGGGCCAGCUGCGCCGGGAGGUGGAGCCGAAGGCGGACAAGGGCCGCCGCUUCCAACCCCCGCGACGGAAGGAGCGGCCGGCCAAGGGCCCAGGCCCAUUGACCCCCGACGCCCUGCCAGAGAGGGAGGCAUCCGUCGUAGCGUCCGUGGCGAACCCUGCGGGGACGCCUGCGGGGACUCCUGGGCCUCAUGGACCUGUCGUGCCCGUGCCGCCUGCAGCUCCGAGCGCGGAAAUGGCCUGGCUGCUCCGUGCGAGCGAACGGUUCGACCAAGAAGCGGCAGAGGUGCAGUCUUUUCUGGCAAAAAACGGCCUGGACCAGUACGCACCGCUGCUAGCCAAUGGGCCCGGUGCACCUGGUGCAUCACUCGAGGCGCUGCACGCAGCCUCUGAGGAGCUUCUCGCCCAGGCAGGCUUGCCAGCCUCACCCAGGCUGCGACUUCUGCAGGCCCUAAAGGUCUCUGUGAGCAUUCAGGAAGAUGCACCUGAGCAAGGUGCAAGCUGUUUGGUCUCACCCACUGAUCAUGGUACCCAACAAUGGGGCCGUAUCGGGCGUCUACCUGCAGGCUGGCAUCGAUGUUCUCGAGGAGCUCAGCGUCCACAAUGCCCCACACUUCCUGCACCCGUUGCUCAUGCCGAUGCAGCUGUGGGCGAUGAUAGUCCGCUAGCUGCGAAUUCAGCGGAGAAGGAACAGGUGGUGGUGCAGAGCGCGAGAGUUUCCACAUCGUCUGCCGGCGUAGACCGGCCCCUGGAAGGAAGUGCAUGCUGCGAAGCUGCGGAGGUUCAAGCUGAACCUUUGGAUCAUGUGCUGGACCGCCGAAGAUCGACCUCCAGCAAUGCUCAGAAGGGCUGUUGCUAUCAAUGCUUCCGACAAGUCUACCUCCACAGUGCCAUGCACCUUGGGCCUGAAGAGGAGCAAAGGGAGCAGCAGGCCUCCCGGCCGGGAACCCCAUCGCCGGUCGGCAGGAUCUUCUGCAGCUCCAGUUGCUUGGAUCGCUUCAGACAGGUGCUUGCGACCCAAAGUGCAAGAGCAGCUGAGCUCUACAAACUCCGGCAAGAGGUUGAAUCGGGAGCAGAAGCCCCCGCCCAGCACAAGGGCGAUGACGCGGCGGAGAACAGGAAGAAGCACUUGCUCGACUUGAUUGGCGAAGUCAAGGCGAGACUGGAUGGAAAGGUGGACAGCCUCAGCUUUCCCAUUCCUCAGUUUGUCGUCAUUGGGAAGCAGAGCGUCGGGAAGUCACGCUUGAUCGAGGCAUUGGCCGGAGAGACCUUCAACUUCGUCUCGGGCACUUUAGGAUCCAGGAGACCGACAGUCCUGGAGUUCCGGAAUGUGCCAGGCCUGACGCCUUCCAGGUGGUCAGUCUUCGAUGAGAACCUGAAGAAGUGGUCCUCGUAUCCGGUACAGGAGGUCAUGGUUAUCGUCGGCAACGCGCAUGAGGCUUGCGGACAAAACGUUAGCGAAUUGCCCAUCCGUGUCAAGGUUGAGGGUCAAGACUGCACAGAUCUUGGCCUUGUGGAUCUCCCCGGCUUCAGGUCCUAUGCCAAGGAUGAUGCCAUGCAGCAGUUGGCCAAGAAGAUAGACUCCUUGGUGUUCAAGUUCAUGAAUGAUGAGAAUAACAUCAUGCUUUGUGUAGAGGAGGCUGGUGAUGCAGCAGGCUUUGCGACACUUGGCAAAGCCAAGCAAGUGGACCCAACAUACAAGCGCACCAUCCUCAUCAGAAACAAGCUCGACAAGUACUAUGGUGACUUAACACCAGAGAAUAUUAACAAAUGGCUGGAAGGGUAUGGUGAUCUACCCCAACAUUUGGCACGCUUUGCCGUGUCACUGCCGCACUGGACCGACACUAUGCCCAAGCCAUUUGGUGAGAUGCGCAAAGAAUGCGCUGACAGGGACAUGGAGACACUGGCGGCGAAGGGCGCAUCUGCCAAGUACAAAAUGACCAUUGGAUUUCAGAACUUCAGGAACUUUAUGGAGAUUAAGAUCCAACAGCUCUUUGCGGAUGCGCUUGCGCCGAUGCUGACCAGACUCAAAACAAUGCAGGAGGAUCAUGAAAAGAAGCUGGACGUGAUCCGGCAGGAAACAGAGACAAUCAAUGAGGACAACAUCCUCCAUGCAACCAGGUCUGCCGGAAUCACGUUUGCUCAAAGCUUCAUCUUCUUGAUGGAGGGUGCGUUGUCAUCAGAGCACAAUCGAAAGACCUUGGAAGAGGAGCUGCGGUCGUUUCACGAGUACUGUUUACGGACGAACAGCUUGGACGAGCAGGAGCUACUCCCAACAUUCUUUGAGGACCUGGACUCCUACGUUCUGUAUCUCCGGGACACGGUAAAGCUUCCUGCCAUGGACGUCUCGCUCAAUGGUGGAGCGCAGUUCCGGAGGGUGAUGUAUGAGGUUGAGGUGUUCACUCGCUUCGCCGGGCUCGGCAAGAAGUUGGAGCCGGUAGAUGUCAUUCAGGCCCGAGGCUCUGGCUUGAAGGAGUGCACCUGGCAGGAUACUAUCACUCAGCUGAUGAUGCAGAAUGCUCCCACCCGAAUGCGCACAAAGACGAAGUAUGUUGGGGAGCGGCUCAAGUUUUUCUUUGGAGAGCAGAAGGAGGCCACGGUGCAGUUCAUGCUCGGACUCACAGGUUCUCCUGAAGAGCAUAUGUUCUCACGCCUCAUUCCCAAGCAGGCGCAAGUGAUUCAAAGAAAUGAAACGAUGAAAAGAUGCAUUUUUGACGCCUUCGAUGCUGCCUGUGACAAGCAUCGAAUUCGGUUUAUGCAGAUGUGGUGUGAUUUUAUGGACAGCAUGUUCCAGUCGCCCCUCAUGCUCUUGAAGUCGGGCUCCAUGCCAUCAAUCGGCUCGGGCUAUGAGGAGGAGAUUGCACCCACCUUUGAAUCCACAAAGGCUCGCAUCGCUCAGGAGCGAAGAGGGAGAGGCACUCUGCAAACGGCCCUCAGGGAGAAGGUGAAGCAAAUUCCUGACGAAGACGUCAUGGCCAAAGAUGCGGUCAAGAUGGUCCAAAGGAUCAUAGAGCAGACCUUUGCUGUCAUCCGUAGUGUAGUUGCAGACCACAUGCAGCUGUAUUCGGAAUCCUUCUUUCUUCUUCCAAUGCUUCGACGCCUCGAAGGGGUCAUGGCUGCAAUGGAGCUACAGGAGGAAGACAAAGAGAAGUACAGAGCUCGCAAGUCAGUCCUAGAGAAAGAGAAAGCGCUGUCCGAAGGUAUGCUCACAGACCUCACCUACUGCAUCGAAGCAGUAAAGCGGUUCAAGGUCACCUAUGGCGGAGGGCAUUAG